CGCGAGAUACACACACGCAGUCACGGGAAGCCGUGACAGAAUGUUGACCCAUCAGAGGAGGUUAAAAGAAGACUAACGCAUGCAUGACGAGGACGUAGAUGCACAAGUUUCAACGAAGAAAAGAAAAUGUUGGGUCUGGAGCUCCGCGACUUCCGAUCGUUCGAGCCUGAUGUUACCUACACGUGGAAGCUGAAACUCAUGACAUCUACUGAACAUAUAUAUAUAGCACAAGAAACUGACUACAGUAACCACUUUGUACUCCCGAAUCUGUUCCAAAGAGUUGUUACUUCUCAAGCUUCCCGUCAGGUUUCUGACGACGUCAUUGUUACUCCACAUCGAAACUACCUAGCUGGGCUGGACAUCCGGACAAGCAUUGAAACUUGAGUUGGUACAUUUAGCAUCCAUCAGAGCAGAGAUAUCUUGGCCAGAUCCCCUGACAACCAUCCCCACGAGUCGCAACCAUGCCUGAGAUCAUCCUCUCGAUCAACGCAGGAUCCUCUAGCGUUAAGAUCUCCGUCUACAAAACCCCGGAGGAUGGCGCCUCGGUACCGAAACAACUUGCUGAAGCAACUAUCGAAGGCCUAACUGCGCCGCCUGCAAAGCUCAAGUAUGAGCGUGGAGACGAGAAGAUCAAGGGAAAGGAGCUAGAGAAUGUUACCUCACAAGAAGACGGAUUCCGCUACAUCCUAGAUCACCUGACCAACGAUGAAGGCCUUCCUGAACUCAACCACAAAGAAGACAUCCGCUUCACGUGCCAUCGCGUCGUUCAUGGCGGUGACUACCCCAGAAGCCAGGUCAUCGAUAAGGAAACAUACCACCACAUAGAAGAGCUUUCGGAUCUAGCCCCCCUGCACAACGCGCCUGCGCUCACCAUCGUUCGAGCCGUAGCAGACAUCCUGCCACACGCAAAGAACAUCGCUUAUUUCGACUCCUCGUACCACAACACACUGCCAGAGUACAUAUGCACCUAUCCAAUCGACCAAACGGUCGCACAGAAAAACAAACUACGCAAAUACGGUUUCCAUGGCAUAAGCUACUCGUUCAUCGCAAACGCCGUAUCAAAGCACCUGAACAAGCCGCUCGAUCAGAUCAAUAUCAUCGCUCUACAUCUAGGCUCCGGUGCUUCCGCAUGCUGUAUCAAGGGCGGCAAGUCGCUCGAUACGACCAUGGGUCUAACCCCCCUCGCAGGUUUACCAGGUGCCACACGCUCUGGCUCCAUCGAUCCAUCUCUCAUGUUCCACUAUACACACAGCGCAGGAAAACCCUCGCAUAGUUCUAGCGAGAAACUGCACAUUACGCAGGCUGAAGAGAUCUUGAACAAGAAUAGUGGCUGGAAGAGUCUGACCGGGACUACUGAUUUUGGGCAAAUCAGCUCUUCCGAGAGAAAGGAGGAUAAAUUGGCGUUUGACAUCUUCGUCGACCGUAUUCUGAACUAUGUGGCUCCCUACUUUACCAAGUUGGAUGGUAAGGUCGAUGCUCUUGUUUUCGCGGGGGGUAUUGGUGAAAAGGGAGGAAAGCUGAGACAGGCUGUCGUCCAAGGAGUUAGGUGUUUGGGUUUCAAGAUUGAUGAAGACAAGAAUGCGAAGCAGGUUGAGGAUGUGGUUACCGACAUUAGUGCCGGGGAUGCGAGGUACAAAACGUUGGUCGUCCAGACAGACGAGCAAUUGGAGAUGGCACGGGGAAUCCUGGAGGAUAAAGAUAGGUUUGUGGGGAAGAAGUGAUUAAGUAGUUUGAUGCUUAACGAGACAUGAAAGCACGCGUUGGUAAGAGAUUGUAAUGGUAUUCUUCUAUUUUUGACGCUAGGCCGGUAGUCUAUGGCCUGCGGUGAAUACCACGAUGCACUGCAUGAGUGCAUGUCAUUGGGUAUCGCUCCCGGGUGAUGUAAUGUCUUUGGUGAAAU